CCAUACCCCAUACCCAUAUGUUUUCACAGAUUCAAAGAGCACACCAUGUCACAGCAGUCAGAAGAUGGAAAGGUAUUGGCUGACAUAAUUAAAAAUGUACACAGACGAUUGCGACAAGAAUUAAAAGAAAGUGGUGAUUCCGAAUCGUCCUGGAUAAAUCAUUGUAGAAAUGAAGCCCGAUUAAAGUUACUCUUUUUAUGUAAGGAAUAUGCAAAAAGUAUGCACCAACUUGCUACUGAACACUGGGAACGACUUAGGGAAUCUAACCCAGACACAUCAAGAAUUAAUUGGACUUGGUCUUUUCUUUCAAAUUACUUUUUGGGAAAUGGAUGUGAAAUCCAAAGACAGAAAUCAAAAUUAAAUACUGAUUGGCCAAAAUUAAUGUUUAAAGAUUCAAAAAUAUCAGUGCUGGAUGUGGGAAGCUGUUACAAUCCAUUUAAAGAAUUUAAAGAACUAGAUGUCCUACCAGUAGAUUUAUGUCCAGCUCUGGAAUCUGUCUACCAGUGUGACUUUCUUACAGUUCCAGUGGGAGCAAAAACUUUUUUAGAAGACCAAAGUGUGUUAAGUUUGGCUUCCCGUAGCUUCCACUGUGUAGUAUUCUCCUUUCUGCUGGAAUACUUUCCAUCUUGUAGUCAACGAUGGACUUGCUGUGAGAAGGCUCAACAGCUCUUAAUGGAAGAAGGAGUACUUGUCAUCAUCACUCCUGAUUCCAAGGCAGCUCAUUCCAAUUCAAAAGUUAUGAGGAGUUGGCGAGAAGCUCUAGAAGCUAUUGGGCUGAAGCGUAUCAAGUACGAAAAACUUUUGCACGCUCACUGUAUGGCAUUUCGCAAGACUUCCAUCGAUCCACCCACAUCCGAUGAUCGUCAACUUUUGGCAUCGAAAAUGUACAUCCCGCAGGAUUUCCACAGUCAGAGUGAUUCGGAGCAAGAGGAGAACGACCACAUCAAAUUUACGGAAGAAGAGUUAGCCGAAGGAUUCACUUACUUGCCAAUGUUAAAUGAUUGAGAAAUACAGCCAGUGAUACAACCAAA